AUGGGCGUCUUGAAUCCCAAGGGUGGCUUGGCCGCUGCUGAGCUUGCCUUCUUUGCCCCAGCCUUUUGCGUGGCCGCCUAUGUCGUCUUCCGCCAGGGCCUCUCGCGCCAGCUCGGCUGGAUCUACCUGAACAUGCUCAGCCUGUUGCGCCUCAUUGGCGCAUCGUGUCUGAUCUACGCCGAGGUCCACUCCGACUACUCGGACGGCCUGCUGGAGACGGCGGCCAUCACGGGCGCCAUCGGCACGGCGCCCCUGCUGCUCGUGCUCAUGGGCUUCUUGGAGCGUGUGCACGCCCAUAUGCUGGAGCGCAAGGGGGUGAACCACUUCCUCUUCAAAGCCCUCCACUACGGCUCCCUCGGUGCGCUGGUGCUGGCCAUCGUCGGCGGCGUCAACAUCUCCUCGACCGACGACCUUGCCAGCUCGGGCUACAAGACGGGCAAGGCGUGCAUGGAAGCGGCCAGCAUCCUCUUCCUCUCCUUCUACCUCACCCUCGCCGGCAUCACCAUUUACACGCAGUCGCGCGUGCAGUACGUCGUUCCGGAAGAGCGCAAGCUCAUCAUCGCCGGCCUCGCAGCACUGCCCCUGCUCAUGGUCCGCAUCCUCUACACCGUGCUCGUCUCUUUCGACAUCAACUCGGAUUUCUUCUUCCGAUCGGUGAACGUGUACGUCGAGGCGUUCAUGCAGUUCACCAUGGAAGCCCUGGUGGUCAUCUUCUUCAUCAUUGCCGGCCUCCUCACCCCACGUGUGGAGAAGACAAGCAAGCACGCCGCCAAUACCUACGUCGCCCCGAGCAUCGGCGAGGUCGAGUGCGAGGCCAAGAGCCCAGUCAAUGUGCAAAGCCGUCCAUAUGACCGCGAGAUGCCCGAGCAGCACGAGAAGCCGGAGUUCAACCUGUUUGACUACCGUCCAAGCAAGCUCAUCAGGACCGCCAUAGCCAAGCACAUCUAG